AUGGGGAUUGGACUCCUUUUGGAGCCAUUGGUGGUUGUUGCUCUGCUGCUGGGGGGAACAUGGAUCAACCGAUUGUCAAAUGUAUCCUGUCCAUAUACCUCCGAUACAACACGGUUUAGCUCGGUAUCGAGUGAUGACUUAACGGAUAAAAUAAUGGACAACGCUGAGGACAAACCAUCCACCACUGCCGGAACAGAUGAUGGGUCGUUGUCAACUCCCACUUAUCGUUCCUCAUCCCCAUCUUUGCUUUUGAAUCAAGAACGGCCAUGGAGAAUUAGACGAAUUGGGCUGUGGCUGUGGAAAAGAGAAAUUAUCACACCAAAUACAGCAAAAUUUCGCAAUCGAUGCUUCAGCAGAUUUCUUCGGAGAUUCCCUUUUUUGGUGGAAUGCUGGUAUUGGACCUUAGUGUAUUGGAUAUAUCAAAUUGCACGAGCCUUCACAGCAGUUACUCUCAAAGAUGCAACUGUAGACGUUGCACGAAAACAUGCAAUACAGCUUCUAAAACUGGAGAAAAGCUUCUACAUCUUGUGGGAGGCACAUAUACAACAUUAUUUCCUCCGCCGCCCAAUCCUAAUGGCUUGGACAAAUCGGCUCUACUCUUUCAUCCAUAUACCUGGAACAAUUGCCUUCCUCGUUUUGCUCUACUACUAUACCAACACGAAUAAUUAUCCCGAAAGCCGCCAUUCCGUGAAGUGUAUUGGCUGUCCAAGCAGAGUCCCGAAAGUCCCAGAACUGUAUCAAACGCGCAGGCGAACGCUGGCACUUUGUAACCUGCUCGCCUUUGUAGUUUUCACGCUGUGGCUGUGUAUGCCACCUCGACUUUUAAGUGAUCGGCCAGUGGUCGGUCCGGUAGGCGAGCUUUCAAGGAGCUAUGGUUUUGUUGACACAGUUCACGGGGCUGGUGGCGCAAGCAGUGUUUGGACGCAGAACCGAUUCUGCAAUCAAUAUGACUCGCCUCCAAAGCCCUCCGCCUACCAUGGCAGCGCAUCUCCUUCUAUAUUACGCAUUUUGCUUCUUAGUCCCGACCUUUUAUAUAUCUAUUCGACUGGAUAUGAGAUCCGAACUACUGUAGGGUUUUACUCCGGUUACCUUGCCGGGUUCGGCAGAUUGUCUGGUAUUCAUAUGGACACUCCUUCAAACCCUUUUCUGAUUUCCGAGGUUGAUUUCCACGAGCCCGACUGA